CUCUGCUAGUGACACCUCAUAGUCCAAACCUGCAAGACAAACCAAACCUGUUAACUCGACUCGACUCUGUCAGUGUGUCGCUCCAAAGAUGCUUGGGAAAACUAUUACCAAUGUAUGUCUGCUGCUCGCUCUCGCUUUUUCGGUUUUUGCCGAGGACUGCUCUCAACCCUGUGACUGCCCAACAGAGCCUCCUAUGUGUUCUUACGGAACCAGCCUAGUUCUAGACGGCUGUGGGUGCUGUAAGGUGUGUGCCCGACAGGCCGGGGAACCCUGUUCUCUCCUGGAGCCCUGUGACCACCACAAAGAGCUCUACUGCGAGUACAGCCUCCUCAGUGACUCCGAAACCGGCAUCUGCAUGCCUCAGGAGGGUCAGACGUGUGACCUGGGCGGUGUGAUCUACCGCAGCGGCGAGACCUUCCAGCCCAGCUGCAAGCACCACUGCGUCUGCAUGAACGGCGAGAUCGGCUGUGUGCCCACCUGCGCCAGCGACGUGCGGCUGCCCUCGCCCGACUGCCCGUACCCGCGCCGCAUCCAGAUCCCCGGGCAGUGCUGCGAGGAGUGGGUCUGCGACGAGACGCCCCAGGAGGAGACCUUUGAGUCGGCCAUGGCAGUCUUCCGCGAGGUGUCUGCCCACGGGCCGAAGCCGGAGAGCCCGCGGGACAACUGCCUCGUCCAGACCACGGAGUGGAGCGAGUGCUCGGCCACCUGCGGCAUGGGCGUGUCUUCUCGCGUCACCAACGACAACGAGCGCUGCCAGCUGGAGCGGCAGACCCGCGUCUGCAUGAUUCGCCCGUGCCAGGCCGACCAGGAGAAGAGCAUCAAGAAGGGGAAGAGGUGUAUCCGUACCCCACGGAGCUCCCGCGGGAUGCGCUUCGAGCUGUCCGGCUGCCGGAGUGUCCGCUCCUACCGGCCCAAGUUCUGCGGCACCUGCACUGAUGGCCGCUGUUGCACGCCUCAAACCACCGCCACGGCCGAGGUGGAGUUCCGCUGCCCCGAGGGCGACACCUUCCGCCGCAAGAUGAUGUUCAUCAAGACGUGCAUGUGCCACCACGACUGCCCGCGCGAGAAUGACAUCUUCCUAUCGACAAACGUCAGGCACAUGGCCAAUGACUACGAGAACGACAUGUGAGGGGGAGAGAAGCGAAGCAAACUCGCUGCCAUUUUUAAACAACAUGGCUUAUAAGCACACACACAUACACACACUCUCUCACACACACACACACACACACACACACACACACACAAAUGCAGGUUUGUCAGUAACCCACAUACAUAUAUACAGAAUUGGCAGCUCUUCAGCUCCUCUGGAAAUCCACCUUCCCUGAUCCCACCCAGUAUAGGAGUAUAGGACAAAAAUCUUCACGUGUCCGUGUGAGAAAUAUGAAAACGUGUGAGGUAUUAGCUUGUGGACAAGUGGUUAUUAUUUUUUGUUUUUGCUGUUGUAUUUUGCAUUUUUUUGUUUUUAAUGUGCAGCUCUGAGGUCGCCUGUACAGAUGGUGUUAAGUCGACCUUUCGCACUGAGGGGAGUGGACGAGUGUGUAUAUGUGUGUGUGUGUGUGUGUGUGUGUGUGUGUGUGUGUGUGUGUGUGUGUGUGCGCGCGCGCGAGUGUGAUAGUGUGUGUGCGUGCGUGUGUCUGUUUCCUGAUAACCAUUUCACAGUAUUAAAACACAGGUUCCUGGAACUUAGGACCAGGAACUGAUAAAAAAAAAUCUGACAAAAAUGCUUCAAGCAAAUGCCUACCUAUUUUUUCCACUUAUAAGUAUUAUUUAAUUGUCUAUUAUUAUUAUUAUUUUAUUUUUGUUGUAUUGUCUCCCCACCACUGUUUUUGAUGAGUGCCCUCAUUCUCUGAGGGUGACUAUUGUUGAUUAACAACAGAUCCCAUUCAUCUCAGACUUAUUUAUGGGGUCUCAUAAAUUAAAGACAUUUAAAUGUUCAUGUUUUUAAGAACCUAACGAGACUGUGUCACCAAUGUAAUUUUGACCUAUGACCCUUACCAACGGACCCUAUUAUAGGGUAGAAAAGAACCUAGCAAGACCCCCAAAUUCCAUAUGGAAGAUGAUAUCCAGAAAUCCCAGUACGAUUGUAACAUAGCUUAAGUAUAGCAUUUAUUUAAAAGAGUGAUAAAAAAAUACGCUAGUAAAAAUGGACAAAUACACCAUGUGUAAAUGCUGUCAGAAGACUGUGUACAGUUUUGUACUAAUUUAUGUAGCUGUUUAAACACGCCGUUGUAGUUGGAUGUAUUUGUACUGUAUUGUAACUGUGUUUUCACUGUAACCACCUGGCAAUGAUACGAGUGAGAUCCUGUCUGUUGCACUUUUUGUUUUCCAAUAAAGAAAAUAUAUUUUUAUAUAUA